AUGAGGGAUAACGGAGGAACACAUAGGCAUGCCAAAUUUUUGUUGAUUAAAGUCAUCUCCAAAUUGAAAUUCGUUGCACAUUCCAACGUCCAGCAAUUGUUGGCGUCCAUAUGGUACGAGGGCUUGCCCGGAUUCCGUCGAAAAAAUAUGGUCCUGCAAGCCCUGGAGAUAGUGAGAAUAGGCAUUCUGUUUCCGUUUUUCUCCAUAGCCUACAUUCUCGCCCCGCAUUCGGUAAUCGGUCAGACCAUGCGGAAGCCGUUCAUCAAGUUUAUAUGUCAUUCCGCUUCGUUGAGUUUCAUGGAGCAUGAGUUCAAAAGCGAGUACCAAGAACUCCGGAAGCAGUGUCAGGACUUUGCUACGGCUCUUCUAGACCAUACUCGUAGCUCAUACGAAUUGGAGGUUCUCUUGAACCACGAUCCGAGUGGACCAGCUUUCGAACACGGAGAUCGAAUGCACCUAAAUAGACUGAAACUUGCUAUAAAAUUACGACAAAAAAAA